AUGGGUUUGGUACGUGAAAUUAGGAAACAGGGAGACUGCAUUUAUGAAGUGACAAGUGGAAUGCUCCAACUAAGAAGCAAGACAAAGCUAAUUAGAAGGACGAUCUGGGUCGUUGAUUAUGUAUUGAAGCUCCAGGAAAAAGAAGAAACCGUCAUCAUGGAUUUUGAACCACCAUUUCAGGAGAACUAUAAGACCCUUUUGCAGAACAAAUCUGACAAAUUAGAUGAUGAAAAUGGUGAUCGACAACCACCACCACAACCCAUGCUUAUUGAGCACUGUGAGUUACCUCUCAUUGACCUGAGCCAUCUACAAACUCGAGGGUCAUCAGUUGUGAGAGCAAAGUGCAGGCGGAACAUUGUGGAAGCUGCACGAAAAUGGGGUUUCUUUCAAAUAGUGAAUCAUGGGUUCCCCGCAGAGAUAUUGGAGAGCAUGAAGCAUGAGCAGACAAAGCUCUUCAGAUUGCCAUUUCAGAAGAAAGCUGAGCUCAGUUUCUUGAAUUUGUCGUCGUCGUCAUCGCCGACCAAGAGUUACCGUUGGGGAAACCCGCGGGCCACUUGCUUGAAGCAGCUUCCUUGGUCUGAAGCCUUCCAUAUACCUUUUGCAAACAUCUCAAGAAUGAAAGGGAAUGACAAUUUCAGGUAUGGAAUAUCUGUUUUAGACACACAAUGAGUUAAUCUUCCUUUUCUUCGUAGAGCGACUUUCUAUGGCUAUUGUUAGAAUAA